AUGAUCGAGUCUGGCCUGCUACAUGUGGGCUUCAACGAGAUGCUGGGGGAGGAGGAGGAGCCCGGGGACUCCCUGAACACGUCACCUCCCGGAUAUGGGAGGAGAGUGCGAGAAAUUGUGGAGGAACUAACGCGUGAGGAUGAGGAGUGUACUUCUUCACAAAUAAAACACAUUCUCCAUUCCAAGUAUGACCUGGACAAAUCAAUCACCAGGGCUCGGUAUGAGAGGAACAGGACGGCUGGAGACAUUCUGUAUGAGGCUCUGGCAGAUCUAACACGUGAUGACUUCAAACGGUUUAAGGACAAGUUGUCUGAUUUCUCCAGUGGAGGGCGAGGCCCCAUCCUACGCGGGCACCUGGAAACUGCUGAUUAUGUUACCACAAAGAACUUUCUCAUAGAUGUUUAUGGGGAGGAAGCAGUGCUGGAUUUGACCAUACAGGUCCUCCAACUGAUUGGCCUUAUGGGACCGGCAGAGGAUCUCCAGCACAAAGUGACACAACAUGGUUUUAUUUUUCCAGCUACCUCAGAGAAGACAUCUACAGAUAAAACAGUGGAAGGCUACAGGAUAAAAUAUCUGAAAUACAUUAGAGAGAAAUAUGAAGUUUUUGAAGAUCAUAACGCAAGGUUAGGGGAGUAUAUCAAACUGGGGAAGAGAUACGUAACACUUUUACUGAUACAUAAUUAUCGGGAAGAAGCGGAGAGACAACAUGAGUUAACAGCUUCAGGACAGAGGCAUCUACAGAUUAUGGAAGACAGAUCAUCAGAUAAGUAUUCCCCAACCACUAUACAGGCUCUGUUUGAUCCUGCUGAUAAUGGAAUUAUUCCCAAGACUGUGGUGUUACAGGGACCAGCUGGGAUAGGAAAGACUAUGACAUCCCAGAAGAUCAUGCUGGACUGGGCCUCUGGGAAUCUGUAUAAGGACAAGUUUCAGUUUGUGUUCUAUAUAAACUGUAGAGAAGUCAACACCAUCACUGGUAACAUAAGCCUGGCUGGAUAUUUAUCCAGGUUUUGUGGCCUGACCUGUCCAUCUGAUCUGUUGCAGACAAUCUUCCAUCACUCUGAAGAAAUACUUUUCAUUGUUGAUGGUUUUGAUGAAUUGAAAUGGUCACCAAAAAGAGAUGCUAAGGUUUGUGAUGACCCAUUUCAGGAGGUCUCCAAAGAAAUCCUUCUAAAUAGUUUAUUUAAAGAAAAAAUUCUCAAAAGUUCCCUAAUCAUCACCACACGGCCAUUGUCAUUAAUGGUACUAAAGGACUUUGCAAAAUGUACUCGAUAUGUGGAGAUUCUGGGGUUUACAGGAGAUCAGCGUGAGGAAUAUUUCUAUAAUUUCUUUCAAACCAAAGAACAAGCAGACCUGGUCAUUAGUACAAUAAAGGACAAUGACACUCUGUACACCAUGUGCGCUGUUCCUGUAAUUUGCUGGAUUGUCUGUACUGUAAUGAAACAGCAAUUACAAGAGGGAUUACACACAAUCAGUUGCAAGACAUCCACAUCCAUUUACCUGCUUUACGUAAAAAGUUUAAUAAUGUAUCAUGGAAGAGACUCUGCCCAGCAUAUAAGCACAUGUAUACAGAAGCUGAGUGCUUUGGCCAAUGAAGGAGUGUGGGACCAGAGAAUUCUGUUUGAAGAAUCAGAUCUUGUAAGACAUGGACUCUCUAUGUCAGAGGUGGAGUCUGUGUUUCUGAAUGAGAACAUCUUCCACAGGGAUGUUGACACCCGAACCUGCUACAGCUUCAUCCAUCUGAGUGUGCAGGAGUUCUUUGCUGCUCUCUACUAUGUCCUGGAUGAGAAAUCAUGGAAAAAAUACUUUCUUUUCCUGAAGACUUGGGAAGUGGAAAAAUUACUGAAGGCAUCAAAAGACCAACUACAUUUAACAUUAACUGUACGAUUUCUAUUUGGUCUUUCAAGAGAAAAACAAAUCCUGGAGACUCAGAGAACCAUUGUUUGUCCCAUUUCCUUCAGAGAAAAAUCUGUCUUGGAGGAAUGGCUGAAGAGGAAGUCAUUAGUCUGCCAUAAUGAGAUACUCUGCUGCCUGUAUGAGACACAGGACGAGGACUUUGUGGAGAGAAUGAUGUCUCACUUACUUCACGUUGCAAUUAACAAUAAAUAUUAUAAAAACGAAAACCAGGAGAACAUUGGUUACCAGGCUGUGGCCUACUGCUUGGAGAGAAGCACAAUACAACAUGGUGUUACUUUUAUUGGUUGCGUAAUCGGACCAAAGGUUCGGAGUGUUCUGUCUAAACCACUUUCUAAGUGCUCACAGCUUAGGUUCGAGGACUGCAGGUUCCCUGUUACAGAGGACGUGACUCAGGAUGGAUCCAGUUUAUUUGGACUAUUUGGACAAUGUCAUAUUGAGGAACUAGAGUUACUGGUCUGUGAUCUGACCUCCUCCUGCUGUGAUGAUCUCCGCUCUGUUAUUACUACAAACCGCUCUCUGACCAGACUGGCCCUGUCAUACAACGCUCUGGGGGACUCUGGAAUAAAACUUCUGUGUGAGGGACUGAGACAUCCGGCCUGUGCCCUUCAGGAUCUUACGUAA